UAGGUGCGCGUAUGGAUCACAGUCGCUUCUGUAGCAGUAGUGCCAAUAUAUAAAACUCGUUGGGUGCGCUCAAGUAUUACAAGAAGUGUCGAACUUGUUCGGUCCGACGCACGUUCGUGACUUACGUAUAUCUCUAGAAGCAAAAGAGAAUAAAAAGGAAUAGAACGAGAUAGAUAGAUAGCUAAAAAGUAGUCAGAGUCAAAGAGAAAACGUAAAGUGUCGAGAGAGAAUUUUUCAGAUCGUUCAUUCUUUUUUUUUUUUUUCGUUCGGUGUACAACGCGUACGUAUAUUACAAGUUCCUUUAAAAUUUCUUCAUAAAUAUUUGUCGUCGUCGUCGUCUUCGUCGUCGUCGUCAUCGUCGUCGUCGUUUCAACGAAGUGAAGAGAGAGAGAGAGAGAGAGAGAGAGAGAAAGAGAGAAAGAGAGAGAGAGAAGAGAAACGAUUGCUUCGAAAGACAUUAACAUCGACUGCUGCCGACUUAGUAUAUCAAGAACAAUAAUAACGGCAGCAAAUUGUUAUUUCUUUUUAAACCGUUGUAUAUUCACUCGGCAAACACGAAGUUCCUCGAGGGUAGCUCGUCCUUGGGCGACGAAGGGAGAGCUAUGAAGACUUCUACCUUAUCUUCCAACGACCCGAUCAAGCAAGAGAUACGAGAUGCCUGCAAGGACCUUAUUCUCUCCAACGAUCAACUCCAAAUAGUUAUGGAAAAGCUCUUGGAAGAGAUUACUAAAGGGCUCUCAAAAUCUGGCCACGACGAUGCCAUUGUGAAAUGCUUUACCACAUACGUACAGGAUCUUCCAAAUGGCACAGAGAAAGGUCACUUCUUGGCAUUGGAUUUGGGUGGUACCAAUUUUCGUGUUCUAUUGAUCACACUGGACGGUAUGAGCUUCGACAUGAAGAGUAAAAUCUACGCAAUACCACAAAGUCUUAUGUUGGGUACUGGUACUCAACUAUUCGAUCAUAUCGCACAGUGUCUAGCCUUAUUCGUGAAAGAUUUAAAUCUACAAGAUGAAGUACUACCACUCGGUUUUACCUUUAGUUUUCCAUUGUCUCAGCACGGUCUAACAAAAGGCUAUCUUGUAAGAUGGACAAAGGGCUUUAAUUGUAGCGGAGUUAUAGGCGAGGACGUUGUCGCUUUAUUGGAGGAAGCCAUUCGAAAAAGAGACGACGUCAAGAUCGAUGUUUGUGCCAUCUUGAACGAUACUACUGGUACCUUAAUGUCCUGUGCUUGGAAAAAUAGAAAUUGUCGUAUCGGCUUGAUCGUUGGAACAGGAACCAAUGCUUGUUACGUAGAGAAAACGAAUAACGUAGAAUGUGCGGUCUCUGGAAAUUAUUCCAAGGAAAAGCAACAUAUGCUGAUCAACACAGAAUGGGGCGCUUUCGGUGAACGUGGAGCCCUCGAUUUUAUUAUCACAGAAUUUGAUCGUUCGAUCGACGAUAACUCUAUCAAUCCUGGAAAACAAUUGUUUGAGAAAAUGAUAUCGGGCAUGUAUAUGGGAGAAAUUACGAGGCUCGUUCUUGAGAAGCUUGUCAACGAGGGUUUAAUCUUUGGUGGCAAAUGUUCAAGUGAUCUUAAAAAGCGAGGAAAAUUCUUCACAAAAUACGUAUCCGAAAUAGAAAAUGAUCCCAAAGGCAAAUAUACGAAUUGUCGUGAUAUCUUAAUGGAAUUGGGUCAGCGUAACGUUUCGGAUCAGGACUGUGAGAACGUUAGGUACGUUUGCUCGAUCAUUUCGAGGAGAGCAGCUCAUCUUGCAAGUGCUGGCAUCGCUACACUUUUAAAUAAAAUGGGCGAAGAAAGAGUCACCGUUGGUAUCGAUGGUUCGGUCUACAGAUUUCAUCCGCACUUUCAUGAUCUCAUGACGGCAAAGAUCAGUGAAUUGACGAGUCGUCAAUUCGACCUAAUGCUAUCAGAGGAUGGAAGUGGUCGUGGUGCCGCGCUGGUUGCCGCGGUAGCUUCGUUAAGACAUUGAAGACGUUGGCUGUGCCACAUCAACUACUUAGCAUAUAUCAAAUUAUACGAAGUAAUGAUAACGAUUUGACACGAGCCGAUACUCGAAACACACUUAACAUACAGAAAAAGAAAAACAUAUAAUUAAUAUACACGGACUUACAUAAGUGGGGAGACACCACAUACGAAUACACACGAAGAGAGAAAGAAUGAGAAAGACAAAUAGAAAAAGAGAGAGAGAGAGAGAGAGAGAGUGAGAGAGAGUGAGAUAGAAAUGAAAAAAAUGUCUUGUACAUAGAGCACAAAACUAGCCCUAGCUCGUCAGCCAUAACUGGCCAGGGCUAGUCCGUGAGAUAUAAUUAGUUUAUAAAGAAAAGAAAAAACAACAAACAAAAACGAACCUCUACUUAUGACCUCGAUUUUACGUACACACAUACACAAGCACACGCAUACAUACAAAUACACCAUUGUACGGAU